GAUUACUUAUCGACCCUCUUAGCCUUGCAAAAGACUGCCGACAAUAACCCCGAGGGGAUGGACGCCGAUUUACAUUACUCGUUGACAAUGGACAUUUCCAGAUGGCAGGCACAAGCGGUUAAUGGCAUCGAUAUAUCAAAGAUCUACAAUACUAAAAACACAUUCUCGUAACCCACAAUCAAACAACACCUCACAAGUCAAAUAGUGUCAUUUGAGCUUGACUGCUCCACCAAUCAUUUCCUCUCGUGAUUUUGUUGUUUAUGCCAUUAUGGAAAUCUAAAGCGACCGCUGACGAAGUGAUAUGAUUGCUCUAACAGCCCGUCACGCAACGAUUAGCGAAGACGAUCGAGCUAAGGCCUGUCAUAUUCMCAAUUGAUGCUUUAAGGGCUAUUAAUCCUAGCUUAGACCAAGACUAGCAGAAAACCGGAAGGUAUUGUGGUAGAUUAUGGUGUGGACAAGAUUCAUACUACUUGCUUUCUCCUUCUUUAUGGCUGAAUCUUGCGAUAGGGAUGAACUUUGUGAAUCACAUCAAGUUUGCUGUGGUGACCGCUGCAAAUCGUGGCCAAAAUGCUUCUUAAACACGGACAAAGAAUGUUUUUACAACUCGCAUUGUAAGAGRGGAGCGAUAUGCGUAUCACAUGYUUGUAAACCUGAGCAUUCGUUACCUAGAACAUGUCAAGCUCACGAGGAUUGUGUCUUGCAAAAACACUCGAAAACUUAUGAUGUGCUGUUGAAUACGACCCGAUGCUGCAGGGGCAAGUGCUAUAAGACGAAAAGCUGCUUAACACUUGGGAUUAUUAAUACAACAAUCAGAACACCUCAAACACGAGCCAAGUCAUCGUGCACGGCUGACUAUAAUUGCCAACGCGGCUUUGAAUGUAUAGGCGCUAGAUGCGUUAUAAAACACGAUCCUGUCGACGUCUCACGAAGAACAGACAGAGCUAAAGAUAGAACUUUAUCKCGAGCGGGUUUUCUAUCCGCAGCAAUUUUAACGUCUACUGUGUUUCUUAUUGURAUGUGCUUUUGUUUUUUGAAAGAAACUAAAUACGUUCGGCGGCAUAUGGAGCGAGCACAGGCAAGAGAAAGUCUUACACACAGUACAUCGUGYUCAACUCAACCUAUUUAUCAAGAAGASCAAAGAAAUAACACGACAAGAACAUCAUGGAUGCUGUUCCCAGGACUGCACGGGUACAGCCAUACAGACCGAAGAGAACAACAAGAAGAUUGUAGUAAUUCAGCACCGCCGUCGUACCGAAGUGUGUGUUUUGAACAUGAAUUACCGCCUUCCUAUGAUGAAGCGGUGAAUAGGGCGAUUAGAAGUACACAUGUUUGUUAAUAAAUAUGGUGUUAUACUAUUAACACACUAAAGGGAUCACAGCAGGUCGCGUCAAUAUACAAAAUAUAUACAAGAUUAUUAAYUCUAUAGUGAUGUGAGMCGUUUSGAUGGUUGGAGAAUUCGGCGCCACAGAUCUACGCUUGUUAUCUUUAAUGAAAGACACAUUUUGCCUGGAGUGCUGUUUUYAUGUUUUCAUUCAGAAAUGUUUGUCAUCUUUGCUGACAACUUCUUCGCUUCGUUGCACGGAAAACGACACUCACGAUGCUAUUAUUACCCUAACAUGUGUUUUGAAAAACAAACAACGCGAAUACAAAUGCACAAAAAGGAGCUUUGAAAAAACAAAUACUUUCACAAAAUUGUUGACAUUAUGGUUUCAGCCAUUAACUGAGUCAACUUUUSACUGUCAUGUASAACAUGAUAAAGACAUGGURAAAUAACCACCGCGGAUACACUAUUGAACCGUGUUCUAGUAAGAUCGAUGGCUUAUCAUGAUGUUUGUGAUUGCCGCGGAAGCGGCGAGUGURCCAUUAGUACCAAAUCUAUUUUUAUGAAUAUUAAUUCWUUCGGCGAAAAGCUUUGAAUAUUUUUUUUUUGUGAAAUGAUUACCGGUGAAUUACGAUAUCGUGUAUACGAGAGAUUUACCCAUGAUUCAUUAUUAAAUCAACACGAGAUGAAAUCAUUUGAAUUAUGAUGCGCGGCGUUUGAUUACCAGUGGUAUUAAAGAGCAAAGCGCCAUUSUAAUGAAAGAAAA